AUGCUCGACCAUCUCGACUGCAAUCUUGCACACUAUCGUGUCUCGCACGAAAAUGCCUUUCUUCCCGACCGGCUGCCACUUCAGCGGCUGCCAGACCCCUACUAUGCUAAAUGGGAGUCGGUGGUAGCAAUACUACCCGAACUGCUGCGCACCGGCAACCUCAUUCCCACAAUCAACGAGCUUCCCGUCCUUGAAACUUCCAAGUUGAAAAGCGAAGAAGAAUGGAGAAGGGCAUACGUAAUCCUGGGAUUCUUCACGCACGCAUACAUUUGGGGUGGAGAGAAGCCGUCAGAGAUCCUUCCUCCAUGUAUCACCGUGCCGUUCCUUGCGGCCUCCGAGCACCUCGGGCUGCCACCAACAGCAACCUAUGCCGCGCUUAAUCUCUGGAACUACAAGACGGCCGACCCCACGGUGCCACUGUCCGUCCCGGAGAACCUGCGGGUCCUGCACAGCUUCACGGGCACCGACGACGAAGCCUGGUUCUACCUCAUUUCGGUCGCCAUCGAGGCGCGGGGCGCACACACGGUGCCGCUCAUGAUGCAGUGCAUCGAUGCGGCAGCGCGUGGCGACGACUGGAAGGUUGUCCAGGGGCUGGACGCGCUGCGCGUGUGUAUCAACGAGCUGGGCACGAUCCUCGAACGCAUGUACGAGCGGCUAGACCCCGACGUCUUCUACUUCCACAUCCGGCCCUUCCUCGCAGGGAGCAAAGGAAUGGCAACCGCGGGGCUGCCUCGCGGCGUCUUCUACGACGAAGGGGACGGCAAGGGCGAGUGGCGGCAGUACAGCGGUGGCAGCAAUGCGCAGAGCUCGCUGAUCCAGUUCUUCGACAUCGCGCUCGGCGUGCGGCACGUCUCAGGCGGCGAGCUGGUCAAGAACAGCUUCAUCGAAGAGAUGCGCUUCUACAUGCCCGGCGCCCACCGCCGCUUCCUGCAGUACCUCGACCGCGCCGCCAACAUCCGCGACUACGCCUUGAACCCGGCGACGGAGAACACGGUGCUCGAGGCGUACGACGCUGCUGUCGCGGCCCUCGCGGCCUUCCGCGAUAAGCACAUCCAGAUUGUGACGAGGUACAUCGUCAUGCCUUCACGCUUGAAGGCGAAGAAGACGAACACGGUCAACAUUGCGUCCGCAUCGUCCAUCCAAGACGGCGAGGAUAAGGCUGACAAGAAGCUCUAUGGUACCGGCGGCACUGCUCUGAUACCAUUUUUGAAGCAAACCAGAGAUGAAACGAAGAAGGCGGCGAGCUCUCUGUGA